UGUCUUGUGAGUUGUUGGUCUCACAUAGAGCCGUCGACGGACGCCGUUGUCACCGAUUGGCCGGUGUGUGUCUCCUCCCCUCCAGCGGCAGGAUUUACCGCAUCCUGCUGCAGACAGACCAAACGGUUCCACCGAGCAGACGUCACCGUCACCUGCUCUGUAGCAUGUGCUAAAUGUCGGCGCAUCCGCACUUUGUGGAUUUUCUACAUAACACCGCUGUUCUUCUUCGAACCUCCCGACGGACGAUUCAGUGAGUGCGCGAUGUCCAUUAGAAGCAGGGCGUCAGACUGAGACCUGAGUCCAGGCUACCCUCCACACCUCAGCAGCGACAUUACUGUAAUUACAGUCCGAUUCUGUGCGCCCCGCUCCCGCCACCAGAGCAGCGAUGCCUCCCGGUGUUGUGACAGCGCCACGGAGCUCAUCGGCCGCCUGCUUCUGCUCCUGCUGCGGGGUGAAGAUGACACCGUAUUUCACCCAGAACUCCGUGAUCUCUCAGGGUGAAAUUUAUCAGCUCAUCAGUGAAAGUUUCCUGACAGUUAAAGGAGCUGCUCUCUUCUUACCUCGAGGAAAUGGCUCCUCUCCUUCCGCUUCUCGCUUCUCACAGCUGCGCAGCAAACAUGCAGGAGACAUCCAGCAGCAUCUCCAAACCAUGUUCACUGUCCUCAGACCAGAGGACAACAUCAAACUGGCGGUUCGUUUGGAGAGCGCUCACGCUCAGGUCACCCGCUACAUGGUGGUGGUCUCAACCAAUGGGCGUCAGGACACGGAGGAGAGCGUGGUGCUGGGAAUGGAUUUCAGUCCUGUAGACAGCUCAUGUUCUGUUGGGCUGGUUUUGCCCUUAUGGAGCGACACAUUGAUACAUCUGGACGGAGAUGGGGGUUUCAGUGUGUCAACCGAUAGCAGAGUGCACGUAUUCAAGCCGGUUUCUGUGCAGGCCAUGUGGUCAGCCCUCCAGUCACUCCACAAAGCAUGCGAGGUGGCUCGUUGUCACAAUUACUUCCCAGGCAGCUUGUUUCUUACCUGGGUCAGCUACUAUCAAAGCAGGGUCUCCUCCGACCAGGUACGCAUCAACGAGUGGAACGCCAUGCAGGAUGUGCAGUCACACCGCGCCGAUUCGCCUGUGCUCUUCUCUGACAUACCUACAGAAAGAGAGCUGACUGAGCAUCAGAUCAAAACCAGUUUGAGGGAGAUCAUGAUGCAAAAAGACCUUGAGAAUGUCACAUGCAAAGAGAUCCGAACAGAGCUGGAAAUGCACAUGACGUGCAACCUGCGAGAGUUCAAGGAAUUCAUUGACAAUGAGAUGAUUACCAUUCUGGGCCAGAUGGACAGUCCUACAGAGAUCUUUGAGCAUGUCUUCUUGGGAUCUGAGUGGAAUGCAUCCAAUUUGGAGGAGUUGCAGAAGAGUGGGGUUCAGUACAUCCUGAAUAUAACGAGGGAGAUUGAUAACUUCUUCCCUGGAGUGUUCGAGUACCACAACAUCCGUGUUUAUGACGAGGAGGCCACUGACCUGCUUGCUUAUUGGAACGACACCUACAAGUUUAUAUCUAGAGCCAAGAAAGCCGGAUCCAAGUGCCUGGUGCACUGUAAAAUGGGAAUAAGUCGCUCUGCAGCCACGGUGAUCGCGUACGCCAUGAAGGAGCACGGCUGGGAUCUGAAGAAAGCCUUUGAUUAUGUCAAGGAGCGUCGAGCCGUGACCAAACCCAACCCUUCUUUCAUGAGACAGCUUGAAGAGUAUCAGGGCAUACUGCUGGCCAGCAAGCAGAGGCACAACAAACUGUGGCGCUCUCACUCUGACAGCGACCUGUCCGACCACCACGAGCCACUGUCUAAAUCUCACGCCCAGCCACACAGCCUGGGUCACUCCAACCCCCAUAACCAGACCAGCAGCACUCCUGGGCCCUCUGUGAAAGAGCUGCUUGAAUCACUGGGAAGUUCAGCCAGCACUGGCAAACCAGCACACUCCACGAGCCAGCCUGAUACUGGCAUCCAGUCCAACCAGCACAGCUCCUCAUCCAAGAGGGUGGCAGCUCUAUCAGGCGAGGCAGAAGCUCAAAGCCUCAAGGCUCCUUCGCACUCUGCUGUAGUCCAGAUUAGCCAAUUGGACUCCCCAUGUCCCGUGUCUCCGUUAUCUCCACCUCUUUCCAACGGCUUAUGCGACUCAGAGGAGCCCCCAUUACCUCCUCUCUCCCAGCCAAGGGCGGCCACUGUGGUGCCUGAGCUUCAAAAGACUGACAUGGUGACCAUUGCACAGAGUGUUUUAGUGGGCCAGCCUCACCCACCUCCAUCCUUUCACCACCUCCCCCUCUCCCCUGCUCCAUCCCCAACUCCAGCCUGCAUGGACGAGGUUAUCACGGCACAGACACUGUCCUGCUCUCUGCCUGUGAUCAAACCUAUGCUAGUGUCAGUGCCUGAGCCCAUGGCGACACAGCAGGCUGGACUCCAGUGUCUGUCCGCACCAGUGCCUGUCAAAAAAUCAGACUGUGACCAGCAGAUGUGUGGCUUGUUUUUGGACGGUUUAGCAGCCCAUCCUCCCUCCACUAGUGAUUUUAUCAGCUACCCCAGUGCCAUUCCACAAGACAACGAGGUGUUGUUCGGCCACAGUGCAGAUCACAUUAACUUUUUCAGUGCCAGGGAGAAGUUCAAGGGAAUGAGUCAAGAUGGUAAAAGCUGCCAGCUGAAGAGUUGUGGCAAGGAGCAGCAACCACUGCCUCAGGAGGUCUUCAUUCCAGAGGAGAAGGAGGAGGAGAAAAGAAAGGAAAUGUCCGUCCCUGUGCAGGUCACAGGGCUGAAGCCUGCCGUGCACACAGAGGCUUCACCUCUUGGCCCUCUUAGCCAGCCAGAGCCUCAGGGCCCCCAGCACCAGGAGGUAAGGAAGUCAAGGCAGGAAAUUGAGGAUAGAGAUGUUUCAUCACAGAAGGAAGCUGAGAAUGUUAAAGAGGAAGUAAAAAACAAUGAGGAGGGGGAGGCGUCUCCCGCCCGUCUCUACAGCGAUUGGACUAGGGGGUCGGUCCGGCGCGUCACGCGACAGCUGGAACAAAGAAUGAAACAGGAACACGAGGCUCCGUCACCCUCCUCAUCUCCACCGUCCCUCUCGAGCAGCUCCUCCUACACUCAGCGUCCCCACAGCGUCCAUCUUGCAACAAUAUCCAAUCCCCAGGGUGCAUCAGACUGCUCGCAGGUGUCAGUAGUCAGCAGUGUGGAGACGGAGGUGGAGGCGGAUGGGAAAGUUAGACCAGCUACAAGAGAGACUGGUGAUGUCAUUGAGAUGAGGGCACUAGGAAAUAAUGAUAAAAGCACAAAAGGACACAAACUCCAGCCUGCUGAUGUGAGAUUGCUCUCUACCUCUUCUUCUUCUUUCCACCGUUCCGCCCAAUCUCCCUUUGCCUCUGUCAAUUUCCUGUGUUUGGAGGGCGUGACAGAGCUUGAGUCAUGCACAGACUGGGACUGCCCCCCCGAGGGACCCCAUAGUGACAUUAUCAUGAGGGAGACAUGGGAGACUUUGUGCGAGUUGGGUGCCUUCUUGCAGCAGGUGAGCAUGGGCGGAGCCUGCAAGGCCAAGUGUGUGGACCAGGUUUUUGGCCUCAGCGCUACAACACCGCAGAAGCGAGGCAGCAGCAUCCAGAAGAGGGUCAGAGAGGUGGAGGCAAGGAUUCGCCAGGCAGGGCUGACACCUCCGUCCCUGAUGAAGCGCUCUGCCUCUCUGGCCAAACUGGGCUGCCUGGAGCUGCUUGCCAAUGACCUGAGUGACUGGGAGCUGAGCCGCUCCUCCAUGAUGCCGUCCUCAGCAGAACCUUCUAUCCACGCAGUUAACGACGAGUCCAAGAAGCAGCGGGUCCACGACUCUCCUUCCUUAACCACCCAGCAGCCUUCAGACUUCGGAACUGUUGCAGAGAGGCGUGCUGAAGCCGGAGAAACCUCACAACCUCCACCAUCUCCACCAUCAAACCAGAGCCUGCCCAACUCUGACCAAGAUUCUCUGCCAACACUCAUGACAACAAGGCAGCAAUAUGGAAGGACUCAUCCCCUGAGGCGGCUUAAGAAAAGAACUGUUAGUACCCUCUACCACACCAUGUAACCCUCACUGUGAGUGUGUGUCUGUGUGCGUGCGUGUGCGUGAGUGAGAGUGAGAGAGAGAGAUGUAUAGAGAGAGAGACAGCAAGAGAUGGAGAGAGAGGUUUUGUGUGCACCUGUGAGAAAUGGAAAUUGCAUAUAUUGGAUUUAAUCAGCAAAACAAAGCAAUGCCUUUUGCCUUAAAGGAUAUGUUAAGUACCUUCUGUACAUUUCUUUCCCCUGCAGAUCUGCCAAGAGCCCCUGUGAAAUCUGCGAUAUGAGAUACUGUGCAAGAACAGUGACAAGGCUAUGAAGGUUCUGCUCAAUUGAAAUAAAACAAAUCAGAUUGGAGGAAAUGCAGCAUAGCAAAAAACACUUUGGGAAGACUUCAGAAAGGCCUAAGCCUGCCCACAUUCACUCUUUACAUCACCACUGGUUUCUCCAUCAUCCACUUGAUAUUUACUUGAUCGCUGUUGGUUGAUUUGAAUAGUCCGACCUGAUAUGUUAGGUGGAAUGUAGCCUCUGUUUUCCUCUUCUCAUAUGCUUUCAUGUCUCUUCAUCAAUAUUUGCUGGUUGUUUGUUUGGGUAGGUAACAAGAAAAUGAUGCAGCUGUUUUUCUGGUACAAUCUGACGGACUCCUCAAACCUGCAGCAUCCAUAAAGAUAAGCUUGUAUUCAUUUCGCAGAAAUACUUGAAAUACUGACAAAUAAUGCCAAUCAAAGUCAGUCCUGCUGUCUAGAGACUGAUUUUUAAACAUGGGUUUUGUUAGCAGCAGUGCAUCGAGACAUACAAGCUCAGGUCGAAACACAAACACAUAUUCAAACACACACACACACAACACAGAUUAGCGUUUUCCCCCAAAGAUGGGUGUAUGCGGAGCUGGUGACAGGAUAGCUGCAUAGUUGUACAGCGUUUUAUCAAAUCAGAAUGCAAAGAGAAGAGGCAUGCUGUUCUUUUUUUGUUUUUUUUAAAUGUUUGUUUUGACUACACAAUACCUCAGUCAGUCUGAACCAAAUCUGACCUGCACUCACGUCAGGCUCUGGAUUCCUGGAAUGUCAGAAACUAUUUCAACUACUCGAUAAACUGAAGUAAACUCAUCUCUCUCGUGUCUUCUCACGGAUCUGAUGCCACUCAAAACUAGACAUUAUCUGUAUCUAUUAGUGAAUGUGUAUGUGUGUGUGUGAGAGCGGGGUAGGUUAGGGGUUAGAGUUGAAGGCAGAGUGUAUAUUUGUUGAGUUUUCUGCCAGGUUCUCUUUGGGAUGUAAAGGUCUAUAUUGUGUGCUGAUGUUUUAGGAACUGUUCAUGUUUUUCUAUCUGGUUUGUGUGAGUGCGACAGUGUAGCACAACUUAACCACGUGGGUGUGUACAUUUUACUUUAUUUUGUUUUUUAAAUUGUUCUCUUUUGUACACGUUUGUAGGAGUGUGCCUGUGACUGGCAAGUGAAGCUUCUCUGCAGUCUGUCAGAAAUGUCUGUACAGGGAGGUCUGUCAUACAUGCACUUUACUCCCUUUUUCAUUUUAAUGUGGCUUUUUUUAAUGUAUGGUUGCUACUUUUGGGGAGCAUGCUUAGGUUGUAGCAACUGUUGGGUAUGCGUGUGUGUGUAUUGUUUUAUUGUUUUAUUUUAAACUAUCAUUGUAAAUAGUCUUUUAUAUCAUGUGCUUCAACUGUGACCAUUAAACAAUGGAAAUUGA